CACCACUACCACCCUCACCCCCAUCCUCACCCCCACCCGCAGCCCGCCCACCUGGCCCCGCCCCCACUGCCCCCCCACUACCAGCACCACACCCAUUUUCAUACAUACGGAGGAGGGGCUCCAGGUGGAGGGGCUGCGGCCCCCAGCAGCAAGAAAAAGACGUGGAACUUCAUCCACGAGAAGAUGAGCUAUGACACGUUCUUCACCAUGAAGCGUCUGAUCGAGCGCUCACGGCGGCCUGACGAGGUUCUGCGAUGGGUCACCCAGAACCCUGCCAAGAUCUCCCACAACCACUACCCCGUCGCCCUGCAGAAGAUCGGGCAGCUGCUGCAGGCCACGCAGCCGCCGCGAACCGGAGGGGACGACACCGAGGCCUCAGGAGGAGGAGGGGGAGGAGCUGAGGGCGGUGACGGACGUCAGAUCCUGGACCAUCAGGACUUCCAGACACUCUGUAACGCCAUCGUCAACGACUGCAGCAAGUUUGACAACUUCAGCAUCGUCAAUUGUUUGUACGCCGUGGCGGCGCUCGGUCUUCCCAGCGACUCUCAGGUGGUCCAGGUGUUGGAGGCGGAGUCUCAGUCCAGACUGAACCAGUUUAACCAGAAGGACGUGUCCAUGGUGUUCAGCUCCAGCAUGAAGCUCCACCCGGGCAGCCAGCACCCGCUGACGGAGGCCUGCCUCGCCGGCCUGGAGAAGAACCUGGAGCGAGAGCGCCACCCGCAGACGCUCUUCCUGCUGCUCUCCUACUACAGACUCAAGUGGCGCUCGCUGCAGGAACCUGCUGCUGCUGCAGGGGGCGCCACCACCGCCAGCAACACCACGCCUCCAAACCCAGAACAGCUGCUUGCCAACAGGAAGAUCCUGCGCCUGGUCAAACACACUCUGGCGAGCGUCAGUGGCGUCCGUGACCAGGAGAUGGCGCUGUUGGAUGAGAUGCUGGCGGCAUGCGCUCGAGAGGCAAGCAACAAGAGUCUGGAGCUGAUCUUCAGCUCUCACCUGUUCUACCAGAACAGACAGGAGAGGUUCAUCAGUAGCCUGGCAGAGGAGCUGCCGAAGAAGGUGGACAGUAUCACACCAUACACGAUGGCUCUGAUCGCCAAAUACGUCGCUCGCCAUCGACUAAGAGAGACCCGCCUCCUCGACACCAUCGCAGACUUCCUGGUGAAGAAGGCAGAGUACCUGGACAGUAAGGUGAUCCAGAAGCUGGUGUUCCCGUUCAGCAGGAUGAGCUACCGUCCGUCCGGCGAGCAGCAGUUCUUCACUCGGCUGGAGGAGGUGGUGGAGCUAAAGGCGCUCAGCUCGCCACUCGCCACCGUCAACAUCCUCAUGUCUCUGUUCCAGCUGGGACACUUCCCCGGCCUGGUGCUGCACCGCGUCUUCUCCUCCGCCUUCAUCAGCAACGUCACCAACAGCCCCUACGCUCUGAUCGUCCGGAGGUAUCUGUCGCUGCUGGACGCCGCGGUGGAGCUGGAGUACCGUGACUACACCGGACCCCGGCUGCAGGACGCCCACAAGGUCCUGAUGUUUGACCACGCUCUGACCGCUGAUGAGGUCAACCGCAAGUACAGUUACAAAGGUCUGGUGGCCGAGGCGUUACGUCAGCUGGUCGGAGAACAGAACUACAAACAGGAUGAAGUACUCGCCCCAGGAUACUACACAGACUUUGUGUUGUGGAUGGACGGUUCUGGUCGGGUUCUACCCAUCAGGACCGCAGCUGGUCUGGCUCUGAGCAUUGUUCCUCCUUCCUGUGUCGGCGUAGCUACCAAGCCGGGUGACGGUGCGGUUGCCGUGGUGACCUCAGAGUUCCAGAGGUUCUCUCCGUUUGCGGCGCUGGAGGAGGGCGGCGAGCAGCCAUGUCAGGUGGGUGAGGCUCUGAGUGGCGCGAUGGAGCCCAGGUCCUUCAUGCCCCACCAAAUCCGAAGCACAACGGGGGCUGCGGUGUCCUCAGGACCCCCUCGGCCUGGGACUAACGGGGGCCCCUUGGACUACGGCCCCUACUACAUCCCUGCGGCAGAGUACUACUCCAGCCUGCCUAAAGAGCACUCGCUGGAGAGCCAGGACAGCUCCACGCUCAGCAGCCCCCCCUCCGAUGGCCUCGCCCCGCCAGGGGCUCAGGGACCUGCGGGAGCCGCAGCCCCUGAUUCACUCUUCCAGUUUUCCAUUGGGAAGAUCCUGGAGGAUGAGGGGGGGACGGGGGCCCCCGGGGGCCAGGGGACAGACUGUGAGCUGCCGGGGUUCUAUGAUGGCGUGACGUAUCCUGAGGGGUCCGGGGCCGACAGAGGGCCCCCAUCACCGCCACAGCUCCACCCCCCUGACAGACCUGACCCCGACAACCCCCCCACAGACCAGAGACAGAUCCGGAGGGUCAUCAUGUCCGUCAACGACAAGUGGCACUACUGCCACAACUCAGAGGUGCUGGUCGGUUCCCGCGCCAUGAGAGACCGCCACCUGAGGCUGCUGGGAUACAUCAUCCUGCAGCUGCCGUACCACGAGCUGGAGAAGCUGAAUGGCAUCGAGGAGGUGAAGCAGUACCUGCACAAGAAGCUGCUGGACGUGCCACUAUGACGCCCUGUGUGUGUGUGUGUGUGUGUUCAGAACAGGAUGUGCCGUCUGUGAGGAUUCACCUGUUCAUUGACAUCACAGCUCCAACUUAUGAUCAUUUUUAUUAUUGAUUAUCAAUCUGUUUGUCUAUAAAACAUCACGUCACCUCGAGAGAAACUGAUGUUUUAUGAACCAGCUGAUCAGUGAUCGCAGUGAUCUGUUAAUAAUCUGAUCAAUUGAUAAUCUGAUCAUAGUGAUCAGUUUCAGGAGGACCUUCAGACCAACAGCUCUCUACAGGACGUCCUGCUGCUGUCAGACCACUUUCCACAUCAGCCCUCAGUCUGGAUCAGAGCAGCCACCAGAGUCUCUUCCCUGUUGCGAAGAUCUAAAACGUUUCAUGUUAUUAUUUGGUUUCUGCUCGAGAAUGCAGCUCAUUUUUUUAAGAAGAAUCAGCUUUAAUGGAACUGUGGAAUGUUAACUCCCCUUUAUGUUCAUCUAUAAACCUGUUGAUAGAAAUAUGACGUGACCUCAGUCAAACUUUUCUUUUGGUUAAAUUAAAUCUUCUUGCUGAGUUCAAGGACCUUGUGAGCUGAUGAGAUUUGGAACGUGGUCGGCAGGUGAACUGGUCUUUGAACGUGUAAUGUUGGCUGAGUUCAGGCUGUGAUCUGAUUGGUCACUGUGUGAAUGAACAAACAUAUCUUUUUUUUUUCAGGGGGGAGGGGGGAGUCCCUUUUUAUAAUGUUUGGUAACCGUGGUAACGAUUAUGAUGGUGCAUGUGUGGGACUCUAAAAUUACGAUGGGUACUGUAGUUUUCUCUGAGUGCACAUGACUGUGGAGGACAGGAGGGGUGAGUGUUACCAUGGUAACAUGGUAUGUGUGCCAAAGGCCUGGAGGAUCAGUUAGGAUAAUGUGUGGGUGAUUGCUGUCGGGGUCAAAGGUCAGAUUAUUUAUUUGUGUAUCAGGUGACUGACGUCUGAGGGAAGAAGCUUGUUUAUAUUCUAUAAAUCUAUUAAUUCAAAUGUCUAUAAAACCUGAA